UCUAGCAGACCCUGUUUUAAUGAGUGUACCAGCAACCCGUUCCUCUGUCAAUUUUCUGCUAGGGGGCCUAGCCUACAGGAGUUUAUGAGCUAAACCGCUUUCGUCUACUGUUGGCUUAGCCUAGUGUAGAAGUAAUAUCAGUAGUUUAUUUUUUAAAAUCUAGAUUCUAAUCUAGAUCUAAAAGUCCUGGGUUUUGUGGAGUUUAUGCUGUGUUUCGUUUGCUUUCUUUCACCCGGAAUCGGCGGUUGUACCAGAUCUACUGUGUGUAGUGUAGCCUACAUAAGUAGAUUAGUAGAGUGUGUGUAGUGUAGUGUGUUCGUGUGCUGUGAUCCAUAUUCCAUAGUAGGCUCAGUCUAGAUCUAGACUCUAGAAUUUAGUCUAGAUUUGAUCUAGUAGUCAAGCAGUUGUUAGUAGUCAGUAGGUCAAGACUCUAGAAUUCUAGAUCAAGCAAGAUUAGUUGUAGAGUUUUGGUGCGCGUGUAACACGAAUUUUAGAUUCUAAUUUAUUUUGCAGCUUGCUCUGGGAUUGUUGGGUGUUUUAGAAUUAAAUGAUUUUACAAACGUGUUUCGUCUGCUUCUUGUGUCAAGGUCGGCUAUUUGUUAGGUUUGAAAGGUCUCAUGCGUGUUCAACGUGUUGUAUAAUUCGACUCAACACUUUUAGGACUAAAGACAAACUUGGUCGCGACUCAACAAGAGUUCUGAGUGAACCGGGAAAGCCCCAAAUUAUUUCCCUGUCGCCGUUUUGCACAGCUUGAUGACGACACUGAUUUUUACCAUUGAAGACUAGAUUUAGAUUCUGCAAUUGAGAUUGCCUACGAAACAAGAACACCAGGCUUGUAAAGAUAUUAUUUUGCGACUGAGGCAAGAAAAUGAGCCACAUAUUUAAGGAAGCCGCAAAUGUUCGAAAUCUUGCUUUGGCCGCAGGAGGAAUUCUUUUUCUGAGACAUCUGAGAAAGAACCAGCAAGUUUAUGCCCUCGAGAAACCCAAUUCUCCCAGUCCAUGUGCCAGCCCCCGUUCAAAACCGUGCAAUGCGGGCACAGUGGUUGAUGAGUCUUCGCUACAGCUACGACAAGUCCAAGUUAUGUUCAGACACGGCGCCAGAACUCCUCUCCACCUUUUGCCGAAGGUGGACACGGCGGAGUACGACACCCAGCUUGUGAUGCGGGAGCAUCAGGCGUCCUUGUUCCCUUAUGAAAGGAUGUCCAUUGACACGGGGAUGGCAGUCUCCUUUGGAGCUUACCAGAACCAUCAUGUGAAGAACUCUCUCAAGUGUUUUGUCCACCAAUAUACAACGUACAGUGCAGUCUGCCCGCUGUGUCCUGGCUGGCUUUUUCGGCAAGGACAAGCUCACGGAGUACGCCCGACGAUGCCACAGCCCCAUCCACAUCUACAUCUCCAGCGAUGAAGAGAUGAACAUCCUGAUCCCCGACACCCACAACUGCCCCGUGCUGAAGAAAGUGAACCACGCGGCCAUCAUCCACUCGGACUCUGUGCCUCACAUGAAGAAGGACCGGCUCAAGAUAGAGGAUCAGAUAGAAAGUUUUCAAGAGUUUCACAUGAAAGCUGUGGAGAAAAUCCAGAAGAAAGUAAGCCACCAGAACGAGAUCUACAAGACGACGCGGCGCGGCCCGUGCAGCAUGCGGUUCAACCAGCAACGCCGGCCGUACCUCCACGACCCGGAUAUGUACCCGCUGACCCAAGAGAGGGGUCGAGCCGCGGAGAAAGUCACACACUUUUGGGCGGAUGUGUUAAGCCGACAUCCGCAGUUGGGCCAGUCGGUGACGGAGGACGACAUGAAGGCGCUCGUCUACAUGAAGAGGCUCGAGGUGGAAGAGUUUCAGGGGAAGUUUCAGUCUGGUUAUAGGUACACAUUUCAUUUUGAGAGGAACCCGUACUUCUACAACGAUAUGUUGGUCAAGGAAGUGUACAGUCCAGGCAGAGAAGACGUGGCGCCCUCGUGGUCCUCCGAGAUCAGGUGGAAGCCGUGUGGGAAUCUUCUACCAGAAAGAAAGUCAGAACCGUUUGGGAAUAUGACACCGUCAGAAUAUAUUGUGAUGAAGAAAGCAGAGGAAGAGAAAGUGAAAAUUUCUGAAGACGGGGAGGAACAGAGUCCCCCUGCACCGACCUCCCAGGAGCCAAAGGUCAAGGAACCCUCGGAGCCAGAUGCCCAGAAAACAAGCGGGGAUGACAACUCGUCCCAGUCCAAGUCUUUCUUCUCGUGGCUCACACGACCCGCCAAAGAGGAGGAGGACGUUAUAGGGAAAGUGAUACGUGAAGAGAUUUGGCCUGACCCUAUAAGUGUUCUGCAGAAUAACCCCCCACAUGAGGACCCCCACCACAAGAAAAUAAACUUUGUGUUUUCCCGUGAUGAUGUGGUAGCCAGAGUGGCCCACGGCUGGAAGUACCCGACCGCUGUGCAGCCCUUCCAGAACACCAUCGAGGAGAACGCGACCUUGCUGCUGUUCUUCGCCAUGACCGGCCAGCACGAGGCGGAGAGACCCAUCGUCACGCGGCUGGCCUGCGGGCCCCUGCUCGGCUUUUUCCUCACCCAGGCGGAGCGACAAGUGAAAGUGUGCAGAGAAGGCUUCAAGCUGUGCCUGUACUCGGCCCACGACAGUACAAUGGCGGCGGUGAUGGAGAGUCUGGGGAUCUGGGACAACACCUGGCCUCCCUACGGCGUGGAGGUGCGGGUGGAGCUCUACCAGGACCCCAAGUCCAGUGAAUUCUACGUCAAGGUGCUCUAUAAUGGACAGCCCAAAAUCCUGCGAGGUCAGAACAAAUACCUGAUCAGCUGGAAUGAGUUCAAGAAACUGAUCAGGCCCUACCAGAUCGACACCAACGAGUUCAAGAAGGUCUGCGCCUCAGAUAUACUGGAGAGGAUUGCCAAAUGUCUACUCCAACACGACCAGGACGAGGUAGAGACUGAGGAGAUCAAGCAAGAGUCAGAGACCCCAGCCGGCAUGUAGACAGUAGACAGGAGAACAUAAUGCUUCUUGUCAGACAUGCUUCCAUCUCCCAGAAACUGUUGUUUCUUGCCUCAACUACUGUGAGAUGGACGACCUUUCCUUAGAAAUCCCCUGCCACCGCCUACAACACUGAUCAAGACCAAAAUGAGCCUUCUCUUGUUACUUUUACUUUUUUUUACUCUUGACCUACUGCAAGAAAAGUUUGGUCUGGGCAUUAGUUCAGUUUUGAGAAGCUGUCGUUUGUUUAUUUUUGCCCGGCAGGUUCUUCUGUGUUCCCAAAGCUGUUGCUUGUUGUUGUACAGGGUGCUUUGAGGUGUUUAGUUGACAUUAUAUUAUUAUUAUGAUGUCAUCGCCGCCAUGUGGGAAUGUCUCUUGUAUUUUGUCUGACCGAGGUAGAGAACCUUGAAUUUGCGUUUGUUUUACACAUGAUAACGACAAUGUUCUGUUUAUCUAUUUUAUUUCGUUCUUUCAUUAGCAGGCUUCUGUUUGUGGAUACCGGUAUGUAGAGUCUAGUUCUUUGUCAGAUAAAACAGUUUCAAAGAAAGUUGUGGUAAUAAUGGGGUAAUUGUGUCAAACAAAAUUGGCAAAAGUGUCGGCCAUGUUGCCAGUAAGUAGGAAGACUGCACUGUCCUGGUUUCCCUCAAACCUGAAAGUAAAAGCGAAAGGCAUCCUGUUGCCUGGUUGUCUAUUGUCACUGAGUUUUAAACCUUUUCCUGUCAAAUACCGAUGCUGCUUUGUCUAGGCUCAUUCCUUUACAAUUUAUACCGGACAGUGAACAUUUCAUCAGGAGGAUUAAUUUUUUUCCUCUCUGUCCCCCUGCUGUGAUGUGAGAAAGUAGAAAUCUACUACUUUCAAUACAAGCCUUAUACAUUAUAUGAAUAAUAGCAGCAUUGGCUGUCUUUGAACAUUCUUGUUCUUUAUUCGACCGGUUCAUAUUUCCUCCCCCUCCCUCCCCCCAAGUGUGGUCAGGUUGAGCACACACCACCAUAUAUAUUAUAUAUGAAAUGUUUGCUUAGAUUUUUUAACCAGGAAGAGACAAGAGACUAUCCUGCAUUCAACCAGCCAGUCUUUCGUUGAAAGUGAAAGAGGCAAUAUAUGAUUUAUUAUUUAUUUUCCUGGGUUUCCAAGCAGGUGACCCGAGUGUGAUGGAUCAAAGUGAUGUGUGCGCAAAGAAUUGACCACCACUGCUGUUGUGGUCAUUUUUACAGCUGUUGCUAUUUUACUUUGUACCGGUCCUUUGAAAGAAAAUUAUUUUUUUUUAUAACCAAGUAAAAACGGUAAUCUUGUUGUCCCCUGUGCCAUUUUUGUUGUUUUACCAUGGAGUUGUUUUGUUGUAUUUACACUACUAUUACAGUAAUUACACACGUGUAGAAUUUGUUUUGCGUUUUCCAAGUGCAUUUACACAGGCCACGUUUAGCCUGAACUUUAUAAACUGUUACAAAGAGUAAUAUAUUACUUAAUACUACUUGGACCAUUGUCUGCAUUUCUAGGAAGUGAAAGAAAAGGAAUCACUUCAUUAACCCCCUUCUUGACAGCUCCUGUUCACUAUAGGUCGAACGUUUGGAGCCAAGAUGCCAUCUUUCCAUACAAUGUACAUCCCAAAAUGCACCAUACACAAUUUUAUAACUUCUACUGUAGCUUUGACCGGAAUUUUACUUUGAAAGGGGCUGCAAAAUGGUUGGAACUGCUCAUUGUCCUGACUAGCAAAAAUUGGGCGCAGUUAAAGUUGAAAGCAUAGCAUAGCGACUUCUUCACAGUACAGCCCACUUUUGAUAGUGCAUUAUGACCUAUACUGAGCUGGGCCCAUCAGUUAAAAAAGCCAUUAUGCUAUGUAUAAAAUUAUUUAUAAAAUUUCUUUUUUUGUUUUUUUUUUGCUACACUGUGUGCAUGAAAUGCUUGACCACCACAUCUCUUAUUUUGUAGCAACGAAGACAAGAUUCUUUUUCUUUUUCCUUUACCAUUAUCUGAUGCUGCAAGAACAAACCUAUUUUUGCUCAACAUCGCUUGAGCCAAUUGUGAUGAGACUUUCUUCUACUACCUCUAGAUUGUUAUGCAAAACCUUUUUUGGGGGGGGUCCCAUGUCCCCUUUUUUGUAAGGUGCCAAGUGUCAUCAAAAAGAAAGAAAUUAUAUCCAUCUUAAUGUUGGUUAAACCAAAUAUUACUGUGAAUGUUCUUUCUCUUAUAUACUGACAUAAUUUUUUUUGAAGUACAGUAUAAUGCAGUUUUAAACGAUUUUACAGGACAACCAUAAAAAAAACCCAGAAUGUUGCUACCAAGAAAAAACACUCUUUGCAACAUCAAGUCCAAGUCAAUAUUUUUUAAUAAUACAAUUUUGAUAAUGACUUCUUUAUUAUCUUUUCAAUUAAAGCUAAUGGGUUUGUUGUUUCUUUUUGGUAACACAUUCAGUUUUUUGGCUCUUCUGUAAAAGUGUAAAGAUUGCUUAUACUAUACUGUACUUUAAAAAAUGAUGACAGUGUAGGAGCCAGAACAAAUGAUUCAUGACACAGAACACAGAACCUCGUUUCAUUCAACAUUGCGUCUGGUUCACCACGGUAGAGGGGCAUUGUUGCUGGCGAUAUAUUUAUAAAAUAAUGCAGCAAAUGUAUGUUGUCAGUGGUGGUCAGAAAUGUACGUUCAACAUGUUGAAACUUUCCAUUUCCUUGGAAAAAUAAAAUGUUGCCCUGGUA